CCAAACCAUCACCCUGCCAUUGUUCUCCGUCUGCUUCUUCCUUCAGAUUGCAACGAAAGUGAAUCGGCAUAGCUCACGCAACAACUGAGAACAUACAAAUCGCGACUGAAAACACGAGCGACGCUCACAUUAAUCCUACACAAUGGAUGCCAUGCAAGAAGAUGAGAAGAAGCCUCUCGUCGACGCCGCUAUGGCUGCAGACGACGGCGACCAGCAACCAGAUCCAGAUGAACACCUCAUGCUUGACCAAGGAAACGGUGCGGUGUGGUCCGUGAGGAUCCCGAAACACCUUCUCGAACGGUGGAAAGCAGCCUCUGCUAGUGGGGAAACUUCGCACCUAGCCACCCUCCGCGUCUACCAGAACUUCUACGGAAACCGUAAACACCGCAUCAUCCUCUUCCUCCCCCCGAACGUUGACCCUAGAAAUCCCUCACAGACACCACCAGCGCAGAACCCACGACAUCCCCAGUUCGACUUCGUCACGCACCACAAGGUCGAUGCGGACACCGAACCCGAUUUCUAUGACCUGGACAUCACCAACGACAAUGUCAUGAACCAGUUCGUGGUCGCUGAGCGUCCGAAAGACGCGAGCUUUGGCUUGAGCGGCUCAUCACAACCCUCACAACCGAACUCACGCGCGCGAACAACAAUUCUUACUGGCCGCCUGAAGCAUGAGUGCACGAUGCGACCAGCUUUCAACGCGAAAUACCGCAACCAGAUGCGCAUGCGCAGCAUGUAUCACAAUGCUCCGCGUCGCGCUACCAAACACAUCGACGAAUCCGGCCUGGACAAAGGUGCCGUCAGCAGGCUCAACACAGGCGGUUCGCUCGGUGGCCCCAGCGGAGCAUUCGACUUCGGUCGCCCCAAACCCAAGGCCAAGGGCCAAUUCGAGCGCAUGGCGCGCAUGCCCCGCAACGAGUUGCUCGACAUGCUCUUCAACCUCUUCAAGGAGCAGCCCUACUGGGCGCUCAAGCCUUUGCGCGAGCGCACGCAGCAGCCCGAGGCGUACCUCAAGGAGGUGCUCAACGAUGUCGCGACCUUGCACCGCUCGGGCGAGCACAACGGCUCGUGGGAGCUUAAGGCGCUGUUCGCGGGCAGCGGCGGCGCGGAGGACAUGAAGGCGGAGUACGGGGUGAAGGAGGAGGGAGGGGACUUGUUCAAGAUGGAGGAUGGGGAUGGGAUGAUGAUGGACGAGGACGAUGAUGAGGACGAUGACGAUAUGGAGGAGGUUGCGUGAGGUGAGGAGCGAGGGGAUGGUCCGGGCUUGUAUGGUGGGCGCUUUUCUGACUUUGCUAUCGGACGUGCCUUUCUCUUUCGUUCGUCCCGUAAUCGCAACCUUGACCUGAUCCAGUUGCGUACCUGGCUUCGCAGGGGGAAGGAGUACGGGGUGCUUUCCGGAUCGCUGUUCUUUCCGUCCUACCCCCUUGUACAAUACAACACUAUCUAUAUCUAUAUCGACAGACCGGAAGGCAGGGCCGCAUCUUCCCUUGAGUCGUGCUGCUUU